AUGAUGGUUAUAUCGGGGCUGUCCGGGCUUAUAGCGGGGGCGUGCAGCAUGGCUAUUGGCGAGUACAUUUCGGUAUACGGGCAACGCGACUCGGAGGAGGCGGAUCUAAAAAGAGAGCGGGAAGAAUUUGAGAAGGGCCCCGAAGCGGUGGCGCGGGAGCUGCGCGAGCUGACGCAGAUCUACGUGUCGCGCGGUGUGCCGCACGAUCUGGCGCGACAGGUGGCGGAGGCGCUGCAUGAGAGUGAUCCGAUAAGAGCACACGCGAGGGAGGAAUUGGGCAUCGACUUGGAUGACUUGUCGGAUCCGGGGCAGGCAGCAAUGGUUUCGGCUGUCUCCUUCUUUCUGGGGGGGAUUCUACCCCUCCUCUCAGGCUGCUUCAUUACAGAUUACAAGGCGCGCAUCACUGUACUCGUCGGCCUAUCCACCACGCUCUUUGUCUUUUUGGGCGCGAUCGGCGCGUGGCUGGGCGGCGCACCUCGGGCCCGGGCGGCACUGAGGACGACUGUGGGUGGCUGGCUGGCCAUGGCAAUCACCUACUCAGUCGUGUGGGCUUUCGGUGCUUCAGCUGAAAGCAGAGAGUCCAUGUAUGGGCAUGGUGUGUGGGCGUGGUGUAUGGGCGUGGUGUAUGGGCGUGGUGUGUGGGCGUGGUGUAUGGGCGUGGUGUGUGGGCGUGGUGUAUGGGCGUGGUGUGUGGGCGUAGUGCAUGGGCGUAGUGUAUGGGCGUGGUGUGUCGGCGUAGUGCAUGGGCGUAGUGUAUGGGCGUGGUGUGUGGGCGUAGUGCAUGGGCGUAGUGUAUGGGCGUGGUGUGUGGGCGUAGUGCAUGGGCGUGGUGUAUGGGCGUGGUGUGUGGGCGUAGUGCAUGGGCGUAGUGUGUGGGCGUGGUGUGUGGGCGUGGUGUGUGGGCGUAGUGUAUGGGCGAGGUGUGUGGGCGUGGUGUGUGGGCGUAGUUGUAUGGGCGUGGUGUGUGGGCGUGGUGUAUGGGCGUGGUGUGUGGGCGUAGUGUAUGGGCGUAGUGUAUGGGCGUGGUGUGUGGGCGUGGUGUGUGGGCGUAGUGUAUGGGCGUGGUGUGUGGGCGUGGUGUAUGGGCGUGGUGUGUGGGCGUGGUUGUAUGGGCGUGGUGUGUGGGCGUGGUGUAUGGGCGUGGUGUGUGGGCGUAGUGUAUGGGCGUGGUGUGUGGGCGUGGUGUAUGGGCGUGGUGUGUGGGCGUGGUGUGUGGGCGUGGUGUGUGGGCGUGGUGUAUGGGCGUGGUGUGUGGGCGUAGUGUAUGGGCGUAGUGUAUGGGCGUGGUGUGUGGGCGUGGUGUGUGGGCGUAGUGUAUGGGCGUGGUGUGUGGGCGUGGUGUAUGGGCGUGGUGUGUGGGCGUAG